AUGUCCAGUAGGCCUCUCACGCUAAACGGUUUGGAGGAGCCGGAAACUUCCUUUGAAGAAUUGAAUACAACACUUCCUCGAUUUCAGCCCCAUGAAACAUCUCCAUCGAGGGAUAACGCGCCACCAUUGAGUACAUCAACGUAUAUACCAACCCCAUCAUCAGUAGGUACUUCAGACACAGGAACGAUUUUUUCGAACAGUGCUGGAGCAUUUUGGUCUGAUAAGCAAGGUGACAAUGAUCAAGAUAUGGAAGUGGAUCAAGAUGAUGAAUUUUUGAACGACUUCCAGGAAUUUCAAAACAAAAAAGAUAAUUUUGAUGAUGCCAUAAAAACAAAUUUCCAUUUGAGAAACAGAUGUGGGACCACUCCUUUCAAGGGCGAAGCUCUCGUAGAAGAGUUUGACAGGAGAUUGAAUUUUGAUGAAAAGCCAAGAUUAAAACAGCCUAGAUCAAUGAUGGAACUUAAACCAAAAAGGAUUCUAUCAAACAGUGUAUCUUCACGAAACUUAUGGGCUGGAAAUUCCGUAAGGUUCAAGAAAUCUCUGCCAAACUUAGCUUUAGUCAGGCCGGUGAUUCAAGAGGAGGAGGAAGAAGAACAGCGAAGGCUUGACCACGAAGAUGACAACGAUACACAAGACACGAUUUUGGCGAAAUUCAGUUCAGAUGAUGAAGGGGAGUCUCUAACAGGAUUUGAAAAAUUGGAGGAUGAAUCACUCGAUGAAACGUUUUUGUUGAACCAUAAAGAGGGCCUUGAUCAACCUCCUUUCUUGAAAAAAAAUUCUGCUUCAUCUUUGCCAUUAAAGAUAUCACCUACACAGUAUGAUAUAAUUAAACAUGACGAACUGUUAACUCCGGGCCUUCAUAGGCGAGAACGAGAAUGGAACACCCAGCAAGAACUGGACUCCUUUAAAGAGGAACGACCAAUGAGACAUCGUUCCUCUCAAAAUGUGCAACUCAACGGACCAGCUAAAAUCAAGACAAUAAAGCAACAAAUUGAUCAUAAUACCCCGAUAAAGAAGGGUUCCAUGGUAUAUAACCCGAAGAGUAUGAGGUGGGAAGGGAAUGAAAAUGUUUUAAACAGAUUCAGCGAUGUGGAUACGGCGAACAGGAAAGCACUAUUGAUAAAAAACAAGCUUCAACGGAAUGAUUAUACCAAGAGACAAAAGAAAUAUUCCGAUCUACAGAAUACAAGGACCACUUCGAGAAAUCAAAAGGUUGUCGGUAAUAUGGUUCUUGAUGAGCAAAAUCUAAGAUGGGUAAGCGUUUCCGAGGAAGAAGCAGAUCCCUUUGCAGGCAUUCCUGAGAUAAACCUGCCACCAGUUAAAAAAACCAUGAAAAAACGCAGUUCUUCUCCAUUUUUACGUUCCCAGAGCCAAUUGAGCCCACUGCUUACCUCAAAAGGCAACAACGGUGUGUAUCAAAGUGCGGCUGCUCAAGCAAGACUGCGGAAGUACCAUUCAAUGAGAACACUUAAUAUACCAGCCGAUGACUUAGAGCUAGAUCCAACUUUUAAUUUGGAUUCAAGAACACUGGAAAGAUUUUAUCACGAGGAGAAUAGAUGGAGCAGAAAAUUGGCGCCAUGGUUCAUACCGCGAGAUGAGGCCAUCAGUGUUGACGAAGAAACCAUCAUGGAUGAAAGUACCAUUAAUGGCAAAAGAAAAUCUUACAUGUACGAAAUAAGGAAUAUGGUAAUCAAUUCAACAAAAGAUUAG